AUGGAAGAAGAAAGCUAUAGAGAUAAAUAUAAGGCUUUAAAGAGCAAGUUCAAGGCUGCACAAGUUGUAAUUGUUAUGAAGGACCAUCUAAAAUUAUCUGCUCAACUUGAUUUAGCAAUGAAAGCUGUGAAUGGUUUACUGAGAGAGAAAAAGUAAAAUUUAUUCAGAUUUCUUACUGAAAAGUUGAAUAUUACCACAAAAAAGGGUGAUAAAACUUCUAAAAGAAUGAAAACUGACGAUGCUGCUCAACAACUUGAAGGGGAAACUAAAUAG